CAUAAAAAAAAAUUCUGUCAGUGGGGGGAGACUCCAGCCCACGGAGGAGUGGGAGUGGAAGCGGGAGCCUCCACUGUGGUUGUCUCUUAGUCGCUUUCGACUCGACUAACUCCAUUUUGGAACAACAGCUGUUGGAAGAAGACAAGACAAGACAAGCAGCUUUUCACAAGCUCUUGUUUGCCUGCCGAACGCUGUUUGCUCGUCUUUAACGCCACCGUGCAGCUUUGUCCCAUUUUGUUUUGUUUCAUUGUUUGUUUGUUUGUUUUUACAAAUAUAUUUCCCCUAUUUUUUUUGCUUCCGAGUGGCAGGAAACUUAAGCGUGAAUCCAUGGUGUUAAAUGUCCAUUGUAACAAGUGGAUAAGAGGAGGCGAGCGGAUCAAGUAAGUCCCGGGAAAGAUCCUGCAGCCAGAUUUCCAGUCAAAUGCUGAUGAUUGUGCAAACUGCAACCAGACCAAGGGAAACACAGCUAGCAGGGUGUAAUGAGAGCGCUGGUCAUGGACAGAUGAUGGACGUGGAGACGUCGUACUCGGACUUCAUCAACUGUGAUCGUACCGGCCGCAGGAACGCCGUGCCCGACAUCGUGGGUGAGGGCAAAGUGGAGGCCAGCGCCAGUGACGUCGCCAAAGACUUGGCCGAGAUGGAUUUAAAGGAUGCAGGCAAGCCCGAGGCAUCUCCAGCCCCCGAGGGCGAGGGCUCUACCAGUCAAGACGCCCAGGGAGGUGGAGGCCCAUCCUAAGCAGGAGGCGGCAGCACAGAGCGGACGGAGAUGGAGACACCAUGGCACGUUGACGGCUCGUUUGGAGCUUGCUCAGCGCCAAUUGAAUCAGAUGUUAAGACGGCGACCGCCAGUAAGCCUGACUGUCGUUUGAGACGCUUGUCUUCUGCGCCAGACUCUGUUUAGUCCCUUCAUAUUCCCUGUGGGACGAGGAGGUGGAGAGACAUUGGAUUUAUGUGAAUCAUUUGAGCGGUCCAAAACUAUUUCCAGCCCAAUGACAGAGGGAACUCAUAACCCUGUGUGUUUGUAACCCUCUUGACCUCUUCCCUUAUCAAAUCUUGCUCCUUUUUUCCCCAAUAUCCAACUUAGUCUCCAUUGAACCAUCAUGUAUUUAUUGCUAACUGUUCAGUGAUAACUUUGUGAUAGCGAUUUUCUUUGUGUAAUAAAAAAAAUCUUAUGAA